UCCAGGAAGCUGUACGACAACUUACUCGGGGGAAUUGUGAUCAGCUGAUUUAGCAAAACAUUUCAUUCCUCUUCUGCAAGCGUUCGCUUCAAUACGGUACUACGGUAACCGGAUCGUCGUUCGGUGGAGACCUGUUUCUUGUGGCGUACCGAGUGUGUAGCUGACUGCCAAACAUGGCAACCAGCAUACAGUUAUCCCCUGAGUCACUUUGUGAUGGGCUGGACCAGCUUUGUAUCCAAAAGCUCGAAUUAAUGGAUCAGUUAAUCAAGAGCAAUAUGAUGUUGGAAAGUACUAUGAGGGGAGGCUUUUUCAUGUUAAGCAAAACCAGAUAUGCACUUGGCAACAAAGCCGUCAGUUCAUUGCAGUUACCAAAUGAGGAAAGAGAAGUGGAUGCCCUGGCAACAGCUGUAAUGACUCCGGUACCCCUAGAGGGGUAUGAAGGAGACAUUCUAUAUAACCAUGUUGAUACCAAAUUCCAAGAUCCUGUAGUAACUAUUGUAGAGGAAGAGCAUGAAGAAGCAGCUACAGAUAAAAUGGUUACUAAUGCUGAUGACCAAAUGGAAGGCUUACGUAGAAGAUUUAAAAGUAAUGAAGAUGAAGAGCCACUUGAUGAGAAUGGUAUAGAGGAUCUCGAUUACAGUGAGAGAAAAGUAAAGACAGUUAACCGUGACCCUAUACGUUGGUUCACCGCUUUACCACCACAAACUUUACGACAAGCUCAGUCUGAAUUCAAAACUGCUAUACAAUUAGUUUCUCAGUGUGCUACCCUGAAAUUAAAAUUAAGAGCUGUAAAUAAAGAAUAUAGUCGUUUAAAAAAAAUAAAAGCAAAGCUUGAAAGGCUUGAAAAGGAGCCAUAAAUAAUUUUUUAACAGUAUUAUUCUUCUGAAAUUUCUUAAUUAUAUAGAUAUUAAAAUGUGGCUGCAGGUAAAGAUUUCCUUUAUUUUCUUGAUUCUCAGGAAUGGAUGUUGCUGAUAUCUCACAUUUUCUAAUAUUUAAAUUACUUUAUUACCUUAAGACUUAAGCAGUGCCUUAUUAGUUUUAAAGUACGUAUGUAUAUUUUUUAUAGUUUGUUUAAUUUUACUACAUUCCUUUCAGCAAAUAUGGAAAUUGAAUUUUACAUGUUAUCCUUGCAUUGAAGAGGAGAGCAUGUUGUAUGAAUUGUCUGUAUUUAUUUUUCUGUGUAUUGUGUCAUCAUAAAAGUAACAGCCCUCUUUUU